AAGCAAAAAAUAGUUGAAGAAAAAAUGCAGGAAAACAUCUGCUUUGGAAGGGGAUAGCCCGACAAAAACAUUGUAAUCAUUCUUGGUAACAGUAGAGACAGACAGUUUAUUCAACGAUGCUGGACGAGGUGAAACAUGUUCUUCUGGUUCUAUCUGGUAAAGGUGGUGUUGGAAAAUCAACAGUCAGUACUCAGCUCGCCCUCGCCCUCAAGGUAGCUGGCUUCAAGGUGGGAAUCCUCGAUGUCGAUCUGUGUGGUCCCAGUGUGCCUUAUCUCCUCAAUAUUGAGGACAAGGAUGUUCACCAGUCCUCGGAAGGGUGGAUUCCGGUGUACACCGAUCAGGAUCAGACACUUGCUGUCAUGUCAAUUGGAUUUCUCCUGAAAAAUCGAAAUGAUGGAGUCGUCUGGCGAGGCCCCAAGAAAACCGGUAUGAUCAGACAAUUUUUGACUGACGUCGUCUGGAAGGACAUUGAUUAUCUCAUUAUUGAUACUCCUCCUGGCACAUCUGACGAGCACAUCACUGUUAUGGAAAACCUCAGAGAUGUUAAGUGCGACGGAGCUAUCAUCGUUACUACUCCCCAGGCUGUCGCUGUUGAUGAUGUCUUGAGGGAAGUCACGUUUUGUAGGAAAACCGGAAUUCAAGUUAUUGGGAUUGUUGAAAAUAUGAGUGGAUUUGUGUGUCCUACAUGCUCCGAGUGUACAAAUAUUUUUUCAUCCGGCGGAGGUAUAGCCUUAUCAGAAAUGGUGAGGGUUCCAUUUCUAGCUAAACUACCCAUUGACCCGGCGAUUGGAAAAUUUGCUGACAAGGGUCAAAGCAUUUUGAUAAGCCUCCCUGACAGUCAAGUAGCUCAAGUCUUCAGGAAACUCGUUGAGGAACUCACAAAGAGCAAGGAAGCUUGAACGAAAGAAAAUCCUCUCAAAUGUGUUACUGAGUGGAUGAAACGUGUGAUUGCUAGACGAAUGUAUGCUGCCCAUUAACAAUUUUCUAUUUAAAUGAAUUUCAACUCUGUGACUGAGUAAAAUGAAAAAGCUGUUAUUAUUACCUGAACACACAGAUGUAGAUAUUGCAUUUUUUUAUCUUGUAUAUUUUCAUGAAAAAUAUUCUAGAGAUGUUUUAUAUUGUAAAUUAACAUCAAAAAUAUUUUUUAUAAACGUUGCUUAUGGAAGGGUA